CAGUUGCGCGACGGACUUCGUCAUGUGAACAGGGCGAACAUCUACAAAACGGAUUAUACGCCAACCAGCCAUGGCCAUGACGUCUACCACGCCGGUGAUCAUGGGGAACGUGUAAAGUAGUUGAGACCACUGUGAAUAGCUGAUCCAGCACCUAGCAUGUUGUAUUCGGAACGAAAUACAUUUUGGGUGCUGCUUCAGACUUGGUCUCAAAGUUCGACGACGUCCAAAAGACGACUGGGUUAGAUAAUGGCUUUUUGUCGCCCAUACGCCGUUCUACACCCUCUAAGCGUUCUUAACGCAGCGCAGUGGUAGUAAUGAUUUUGUCAACACAAAGUUGUCGCUUCUGAGCCAUCUCUAUCAAGUAACAACAACAACAACAACAACAGCAACGGUGCAAGAUACAUCCUGGCUUCGGCUAGGAGAGUUAGCAGUAGGUUGGCGUGUAUUUCAGCGAUUUCACUUAUGUGGGCAGGUCCUUAGUGGUCACAGUGAUCCAGUUUGUCUCCAGCCUCUUCUCUCCACGCGACUGUAGAAGUUCGUGUGAGUGAGUCAGGACAACAGGAACGCAACGUGUCUCGUCGUCCGUAGUAUUCACAGACACACCUGUCCCUCUUUGAAUCGCUUGAACUGGCAGAGCUGCCGUUCAGUCUCCCUGCCUGCCUGCCUGCCCGCCUGCCUGCGUGCUUGGAUUAGCAAUCGCGAACGCGGUAGAGACGAAUCGUUAAUUCGUUGGGUCAACCAGCCGAAGCGCAGUUGACUCGAUUGGGUCUGACGGUGUAACUAUUGCGGCUAUUACUAGUCCCCGUAGUACUUUUACCAUUAUAGAUUGUGUUGUUGUUCGGUUGACGAUUGCAUUGUAUACCCGUCCCGAGUGCAUCCGACUACGUGGCCGCGUUAGGCGGUGAAAUCAUUGACGUUCACUUGGCUUACGCCGCUAUAGGCCUUGUCAUCGCGCACCUGAACCACUGUCGUUCUCAUCGGGACUAGCCGAGUUAGUCAAUCAGUAGAGAGUGUGCUUUAUAGCGAACGCAUAACAGAGAGGCUGGCGUCAACGCCGUUCAUAGUGGUGAUGACAUAGAAGCAAGUUACCGCACACUGAGCGGCUGAGUGAACAGACGGAUCAGCACAGCUGGAUGUGAUUUGUGUUUUGUUUCUUCUUGCCUAAUCCCGAUCUAUCUACCCGUAAAACCUGCAGGCUUCCGUAUAGUGAAUGUAUACGUAGAAUUUAUACAUUGCGCUAAUCCACCUGAUCACGGAUACUCUGUUAGUGGUCGGCUAAUGUGCAGUGUCGUGUCAGAUCGUGCCUCGCAGUCAUGUCAGAGUUGAUGAUCCGAUGAAACGUAAGUAAGUGAAAAACUGAAUCGACGGAACGGAGCAAACAAGCUUUUGAUGGACUUUUUCGUUUGUUCCUAGGAAAUUCGGAGAAAGAAGUUAAAGGAACGACAAGAAGAAAACACUGGACAAUAAUAACUUACAGUUACUCGUGUACAAAUCUUAUGUCUUGCGUGUGUGGGCGAAAGUAGCCCGUCGCAGACACACGCCGACGAUAAGUUCGACCAGCCGUAUCCGCGAUUCGAAUCAUGUGAUCGAUAAGUCAAACGUUUUAGGUGUCGUACCUUGCUGGGGGGGGGGAAACGUUUAUAUACACAGUAACGGAAGUUAUCUCUGUACAACCACAUUAAGAAGUAACGAUAAAGCCGCAACUAUGAACAGAAAGACUUUUAAUGAGCUCUUGCAUAGGAUGCUCCACUUUGGACAGGUGUCAUUCCGCAUGUCGAUAGCGCUCGUUAUCGUUCUACAAGUGACAUACCACCUCGCAAGUGCAUCUGGAUCAUCCGAAGAAGCGGCGUUUUCUCCAGCUCCUCUUGAUCCAGGCUGUACGUUUGAUGUUCCCGUGAACGAGGUCCGGGGCACCCUCACCUCACCUGGCUAUCCCCAUGGGUAUCCAAACAAUGCCCACUGUCGUUGGAACUUAGUUGCCCAAUCCGGUAACAUAACACUUGUCGUUCUCAAGUUCCUCGUUGAGUUCAGCAUCGAUUGCGGCAGGUACGACCAUUUGAAGAUUUCUACCGGACGACCAAGUAAACGACUGCAGACCUUUUGCGGAACAAACCUUCCUGAAGGCGAGGUCAUCAAAACAAAUUCAUCUAUUGUUACUUUAGAGUUUGUAUCGGAUUCAAACUUUAACGAUAACGGCUUCAAGAUUGAAUACUUCACAAACACCGUCAAAGACAUCGCAAAAGGCACAUCAUGCAAUCGGGUCCUAACAGCCUCUCGGGGGCAAUUCUCCUCUCCAGGCUAUCCGGUCGCGUAUACGGCCAACGAGCACUGCGAAACGUUAUUGUCGGUUGAGGCAGGGCACGUAGUUUCGAUCAAUUUCGAAGAUAUUGCGUUAGAAAGCAGUACGAAAUGUGAAGGUGAUUUCGUCGAACUGUUUGAUGGGACCUCGACGGGUUCCCCAUCGCUGGGCCGUUUCUGUGGGAAAGCGCGAGUACGCGGACUGACCACUUCAACAAACAACGCAUUGAUAGUUUUCCAUUCGGAUGACGUCUUUCAAGAUGCCGGAUUCAACGCGACCUAUGAAGCGAUUAAGCCUGGUGUCGACGUGACGCUGGAAGGCCCAUGCGGUGUUACAAGGGGCUCCGCGCACAAUGGAAUGCUGACUUCUCCAAACUGGCCGAAGAAAUAUGGUGCAAACCAAAAGUGUCUGAUACGGUUAAAUGCCACCCGAUCUCGUCUGAUAGAAAUUUCAUUUGAAUAUUUCCUUCUUGAACGGUCUCCUAAUUGUGCCGCAGAUUUUUUCGAGAUUCACGACAAGGGACCCGCAGAAAAUUCUCUAGAUUCUGGCUGGCGCCCAGUGUAUCGACUAUGCGGAGACGGCGUAGCUAGGAAAAAGGUAGUCUCGUCAUCGAACGAGUUACAACUCGUAUUUUCUAGCGACGGCUUCAGCGAAGUGGGAGGUUUCAAGCUGACCUACCGUAUGGUUACGCCUGCAGUGGAAAAAGUAACCGAGGCUCCGAGCAUGGUUCCACUGCCCCUGCUACCUCCGGAUACGAUGUUUCGACAGGUGUUCCCACAAUCAAUCGUGAGCCUGAAGUCAGGUGAAGAAUAUGCCGUUCAAUGUAUGCCGAAAAAUCUAAAUGCGAGGUUGACCUGGUACAAGGAUGGCGUCCCGCUCUUUCUAAAUUCGACACUUUCCCCGUAUUUGGAGUUCGCGUCCGAGUUUGUUCUGUAUAUACGCAAGAUGCACUCCGAAAUAGCGGGGAACUUCCGCUGUGCACUCGAGCUCCAAAAUAAACGAAGUGAAAUGACGCUGCAGCUGAGUCUUAUCGAGCCUGUCAUCGAACAACAGAGCCUCCCCUGUAAUUUUAGUGUCCGUCCAUUGAAAGACAAGAACAGUACCUCCGGCGAAACCCCGUUUUUCAGUUGCAUUGCACGUCAUCGUAACAGACUUAAGCUAAACUAUCGUUGGUUACGGAAUAUGCAGCCCCUUCGCACCUAUGUUCAAGGCAACACCGACCCUGGAAACAGUAGCACAUCCGAGAUAGUCCACAAUCGUUUUCGGUCCACUUUAACUCAGGAUGGCAUGUAUAUCAGAGAAGCUUCGUGGACGGAUAGCGGUGUCUACUCGUGCGUCGUAACCGAUAGUAAAAACAACUGUUCGCUAAAGACGUCCGCUGUUCUUCGAGUGAAACCCAAGGAUAAUAUGAAUGACGUGUGCGGCAGACCGAAGUUCGCAUCGGUGUAUUCCCGCGUAAACCAUGCACAGAACAGCAAAAUUAUAGCCGGUACCACAGCCCGGAUCGGAAGUCAUCCUUGGAUGGUGAUGCUAUGGACUCCAAAAAAGAAGGCCUUUUGUGGAGGAUCAUUACUCAACCAACGAUGGGUGCUGACAGCAGCCCAUUGCCUGGUGAAUUUCCAUGAAGACGGCAACGACAUAAGUCUCGCUCUUGGGAAACACGAUCAGACGAAGGAGGAAGAUAACGAAGUUAUAGCAAAAAUUGAAAAAUUCUACAUACACCCUGAUUUCGACCCAUCAACGUACGACAGCGACCUAGCCUUGAUUCGAAUGAACAUCGAGAUUCAAUUUACAGAUUAUAUUAUGCCGAUUUGUCUUGGCGAAGCGGAUUUUAUUCGGAAGACAUUUUUCAAUUAUAAGGACCUACGGUAUGGCGCCGUGGCUGGAUGGGGAAAGCUAUCGGAAGGCGGGGGUCAACCCCGGUUCUUGCAAGAGAUUAAGUUGCCUCUUGUUGAACCUGACAAAUGCCGAGCUUCCACUACGCAUCCGGUAACCUCGAAUAUGUUCUGCGCCGGCUACAAUCAGGAUAUCGUAGGCGACGCCUGCAAAGGAGACUCGGGCGGAGGGUUCACUGUGGAGUCUGCGGGCCGUUGGUAUGCCAUUGGAGUGGUCUCAUGGGGCGUCGGUUGUGGUCGAGCCGGUCAUUAUGGCUUCUACAUCAAGCUCGACAACUAUCAUACCUGGAUCAAGGAUCGGAUCUCCUACUAAUUACGACUACAAUUUGCGUUAAUGCAGCAUCUUUGCUGCCACAUUAUUUAGUCAGCUUCGCGACGGCGAACCCGUUGCUAGAACAUGUUAUAUACAUACCAUAUGUAGUCAGCCACAAUCGGUUCUCGGACUGGUCCACGUCGUCCGACACAGCCAGUAGUAUCGGUCCUGCAAAAUGAUUAUCGCAAUGUUGAUUGCUUUGCAAAGAGUUUUCUAUGCUCAGUGGUAGACAUGCGUUCUUGUACGUGUUCAAAAAAGGACGCAGUUAGGACACUAUUCAAGGAUGCCUUAACCUAGCCAAAAAAACCUGGUACUGAAAAACACCGUAGUAUCACACUUACCAGUUGUUUAUAAUCAGCUUUUAAUUAAUACUAGCGGUUUGCCAUAGGGAACGUUAUCCUGUACACAUAACGCGAAGGGUUGUUCGUAUCAAAAUUUUCUAAUAAGUGGUCAGUCGUAGUUAAGCCUGUACAUAAUAUGGUAGUUUUGUUUAAAGACAAAUCGUCAUUGUGUGGACACACGUAUUUCUUACUAUGACGAAGUUUCUAAACAUGUUUGUACUUUCGUUGUAAAAUUUUCGCUUGACUCGCGCUAUGCACAACUCCAUGGAAUGGAGUAGCAUUUAACCACGCAGCUAUUAUAAAUAGCUAACACAUCCAAUGACAAAUUUUCUUCUUGAAAUCCGACAGUUAUAUGAAGCUAGAUAAUUUUUUACUAGAUACAUGUUAUAUGUACACCAGAGAUGAGCCUAGGGGAGCCUGGAAAAGGCCAAGCAAAAACUACAGCGACAUGACUGCGAAGUGGCAAGAUUGACUUCGUACUGCCAAAUCAAUGCUAUCGGUUACUUCCUGACAACUAUCAGUCUAUUUUCUGUAUAAAUAUCACCGAUCAAUCAUAGUUUCACUAUAUUAGUAGAUGUAAACAUAUGUGGAGUAGUAUAUGUGAAAAAAACACAUACACACAUAUAUAUCGAAAAAUGCUCACAAUAUUUUCGUAGCAAUAUUUAUUAUAUACGCUUUAGAGUAGUGCGGAAAAAACGGGCUUUGUUGAAGCUUAUUGGGUGGUUCAUAACAGAAAAGACGACGAAAAAUAAAUAAAGAAGAGAUUUAUGUAUUUGGUUGUUUAGAAAACUGUUGUUUGACUAAUCUGGCAGUUAGAUUGGAUGAUUAUGAUAGAUUCGUAGGCAUUACAUGUAAAGAUUAACGUAAAACUCGUUUUUUUUUUUGUUAAAGCGUUUGAUUAUCGCAGAUCGUAGCCUUUUUCCCCGGUAAUGCAUCGUAUUUAAUUUAUCAAAUCAGAUAUCUGGUUCUAAUAGCGUUUAAAAAUGGAUUUCUUCGAAACCGAGCCAGUCUGUUUUUUCUUUUUUAAUAGUAUUGUUUUGUCUAAAAUUACGAUAAUUUCGUUCUAUUAACUAACUUCCGAAAGUAGACGCGCGUCGUUUAGCGUUCGUGGAUUCGAGACGGUAUUUUCUCAAUAUUAAAAUGUUACGAGUUUGGGGUUGAAGUAGCAUUUGAAUGGUCAAAGCCCGGUCAACCUGUAGAAUCAUCGAACACAACUAAUUUCUAAUGGAUCGCGUAGUGUCCAUGUAGCGCAUAGUUGCCCGUACUUAAUCGAUUUACAGAUAAACGUGUCAAAUCACUCUGCAUAAAGAGGAUACAAUUUUAGGCUUUUGACAUAUUUACAAUAUGAGCUAUUGCUAACCUUCUGAAAUCAACCAUCUUUAUGACCGUGACAGUUUAAAACCAAGCUAUCGAUAAUUACAAAGCUUUUUAACUCAAACGUAUGUUUAUCUAUCGAACAUAUUGUACUACGUACGUUUUAUAGAUCGCAUUACAUCGAAUGUUCGCGACGCUAACCCAUAAGUCAUAGCUAUGUCGUAUCUAGACAUAGUUGCUUAACUUUCACAAAUACAUAACGUGCAUGUCUGCGGUACUACGCCUGUUGCGCUACCCUAUUUCAACAGAUGUCCCGCUUUCCCGACAAACGUGUAAGUGUCUACGACGAAUCCACGAACAGGGUAGGCGAUUGACCUUCAGAGCGGCAACCACACGGCCAUCUUGUCAAUCCAUUUCAACAUCUUCUCGAAAAACUCUGUCGUUGAGACGAUGACAGCUCCAUAUGUGGCGAAAAUGUCAACUCAUAACACAGUAUGAUUGUGGAUUAAUAUGGUAGUGGAUACUUGCCUUUGUAUUCGUUACUAAACGAUGUGUUUACGUUCGAUACUGACAGAUAGAAAAAAUCUUUUGCUUUGUUGGUAGUCUAAUCCAUCUAUUGAGUAGUAUUUGGUGUUCUACACAUUAUAAACCGCCACAGCGAUCACUGCUUAAAAAGAUGGUUUUCGCUUCUUGGUAUACUUGUGUCAGAGCUUUUCACAGGUCUGUGGCUUUUACCAUAGGUACAGCUGAUUAUUUCUUCUGAUAAUUAAUUUACGUGUAAGUGCGCCCUCUCACGAUUCUCCGAUAGCAGGGGCUGCUAUAUAUAGCAGUCGAUAUCUCUGUAGCAUGGUGUAGCUCAUAUCAUAUCUGGGCCUCGCAAGCUUUUCCACGUAGUUUCUUCCAGUGUUAGAAGCAAAAUGAAGCUCUGGACAUCCGUCGUACAGCUCUUUCGGGAAAUAUACAAAUGCGAUUGUCUCAUAGCUUAACGAAACGUGUUCACCUCGCUACCAAGCGCCUGAGGGUAGUGUGGCAGACAUAUGUGAUUUCACUGUUCCUACUAGAACUGCUGUCUUUGAGGUUCGUAGCCGGAUCGUGUAUUCAGCUGCCUGGACCAACUGACAGAAAACCUGCUUCCGAUUUUACCGUAUAGACGUAUUUAUUCGUGCACUUCAUUACGAUUCAUCCACUAAAACUUGGCCACGCUUAUUUCUUAUCCCGAGUUCGGUACUUUCUGGUUUUCGACGUCGUUAGGGGUACCUUGAACGAUCCCACGGUAACAGCUUCGUACAGCCAGGUCUCCUGUUAUCCUAACGUAUAUCUUGAUGUCGCUCAAUGAAAUUAAUGUUGGUCACGUUCUGCGGAUUGGCACAUCCGCUGUCAGCAGAGUAAACAGAGACAUGUUCCGAGGCUUUUCGCGCACUCUGACACACGUUGCAGCUUUCUACGUACGAAGCCGCUCUACCCCAAAUAAAUACCCAAAGUACUGGCAGCUACCGAUAGCUUGCCAGCUGAUGUACCGCCAGCUGGGUAGCGUUGUGUG